GUCCUAUCACCUUCAAUAAAGAAAGACGAAUGUUUAUAAAAUAUUUUUAGUAAACACGUUUUUCCAGGUUGCUUCAUAAAUUGCGCAAAUGUUGGAACUCCGCACCGAGCUCCUCCCCAGGUAAUAGUUGGACUGUCUGUUGCGAUUGGCUCUUUCUUACUGGAAGGCGGGACUUCCUUCGGUUUAACCGCACAGUGUAUUAGUGUCAGUAACAAAGCGGAGUCUUGACGGUGUCGAUCGUCUUUGGCCGGAGCGAACUGUAAUUUAAUAUGGACUGUUGGUUUUUGCAGCUCUGUCUAUUCUUUCGGCUUUUCGGUGGUGUGUUGGGUGCUGAGACGGUGCGUGUGAAGCAGGGAGAUUCAGUCAUUCUUCACACUGGUGCGACAGGAAUACAGUCUUAUUAUAAUUUAAUCUGGAUGUUUGGACCUGAAGACACCAUCAUUGCUGAACUGCCUAGUUUUCAACUGACUUUUGUUUUUCCUAAUAACGGAUUCGGAAACGGACUGGUACUGAACGAGAAGACUGGGUCUCUCGCCAUCUUUAACAUCAACACAGAUUACUCAGGGGUUUAUACAGUAAUUAUCUCCACCCCUAAACUGGACCUAAUCGAGCCCAUUAUCGAACCGGUCUUUAAGAAGAGUUUCAACGUCAUUGUUUCUGAUCCUUUGUCCAUGCCUGUGAUCACCAGAAACUCAAACUGUUCAUCAGAAAGAUCUUCAGUGUCAAUAUGUGUGUUGUUGUGUUCAGUGAUGAAUGUGACAGGUGCGACUCUCUCCUGGCACAAAGGAAAUAGUUUAUUGUCCAGCUUCAGUGUGUCUGUUCCCAUAAAUCCACCAACAGAUGGGCUAUACCUGGAUAGGAGAAAAAGAUCCUACAAUGUGAUGCAGAACCCAAACAUCAACCUGGUUAACACCGCCCUGUCUCUACCUCUGGAGGUGGAAUAUCAGGAUACAAACACAUACAGAUGUGUGGUGUCCAAUUCAACCGACAAUCACACUCAACAUCUCCACAUCAAAGAGUUCUGUCAGGAAUGUUCAGGACCCACGUCACCUUUAUUUCUUUUUGCGCUGAUACCAGUUGUUCUCGUGUUGUUCUUGGUUGGGAUAUUUCUCUGCUGGAAGUAUGGAAAAGGAAGACAAGAGGGAAUCUGCUGCAAAUCGUCCCAUAAUGUAAUGAAGUGUUGUUCUGUGAACUGUCCCUUAGUUUACUGUUCAGAAUAGCUCAAUUUCUAAUCGAGUAUGUGUCCAGGCUGGUGAAAGAGCUGAAUUAUAUCAACAACAGAAUCAUGUAAACAUCAUUAACUCCCAGCAACGCCAAGCUGAUGUCUUUGCCCGAACUUGUGUUCUGUCAUUCAUUAUAAACAUCAAAUACUAUGUCAAAUCAAAACUCAUCCAUGUCUCCUAUUCAUUUAUGCCUUAAAGUCCCAAGUUCAAAGAUCUGUUUUUUUUUAUAAAUGUUUCUUUAAAUGUUUUUGAACAUAUUCAUUGCUAAAUUAAUCUAUUAUUUGAACAAGCAUUCCUGUAGCUCAAACAGUGAGGAAGGCUCGUCCCAGGUCAUCAGUUUAAUUCCCAGAGAAUGUAUGAACUUUAUAAAUUGUACAUGCAAUUCGCUUCGGAUUAAAGCAUCUGACCAAUACAUAAAUGUAUUGAGUAGAAAGAUUUGCAAUUGAAAGAUUGUUCAUAAGCAUUCAAUCAUUAUUGUGGGAUGGAGAUUCAUGUCUACAGUUAGACGGAGGACUAAUAAACUGUUUGUCAAGUAGUUAAUAAAGUGUUAAAGAUCACAAAUUGGUAUAAAAUUAAAAAAGUCAUUUUGUAAUAAUUACAAUGACAUAAUCCUAACGUUUUUCUUGUAACAACGUCAGUGAUUAUAGGAAAAUGCACAACGAAUAAACUAAAAAGAAAUACAGAAAAAUAGAGUCAUCCCCUGACAGAAUUACGUAUUUACUGCAAGCAAAAGAAAUAACAAGUAAAUGACAUUAGCUAGCAAGUUAAAUGUAUGUCUAUUAUUUUGGGUUACCAGUAGAAGAACUGUACUUGGCUAAACUUAAAUGUUACAAAGUAACACGGCAAAUAAACAAAUAGCCUAAUUUAGUUAAUAAAAUUAAUAUGCAGUAAAAUUCAACAAAUUACUUAUUUAAUAAGUAACUUCCCAGAAGUCGAACUCUAAAUAUAAUUCUUUUGAAGUCAUGGUUCUUCAUGUUUCAACACCUAAUACUAAAGAUAAAACACUUUCUAAAUUGAUUCUAGCUAUUGUAUAUAGGCCUCCAGGGCACCACACAGAUUUUAUUAAAGAAUUUGGUGGGUUCUUAUCAGAACUAGUACUGGCCGCAGAUAGACUCCUUGUCGUU